AUCUACUUGAAUCACUCAACAAGAACAAGCAAUCGGCCAAUGGCCAGUCCCAAUCCAGAGAGUCCACAAACCCCCAGUUCAAGAAAAUGAGCGGAGACUUCCCAUCGGCCAACGGAGAGGCUGGUGGGGAGGCUCCCAAGGGCUACACUCAGGACCAGGUGGAUGCAGUGAAGAGGGUAAAGCAAUGCAAAGAUUACUAUGAAAUUCUGGGAGUAAACAGAGAAGCUUCUGAUGAGGACCUGAAGAAGGCUUACCGGAAACUUGCACUGAAGUUUCACCCAGAUAAGAACCACGCACCAGGGGCUACGGAGGCAUUUAAAGCCAUCGGUAACGCGUACGCGGUGUUGAGCAACCCGGAGAAGAGGAAGCAAUACGACCAGUUUGGAGACGAGAAACUCAACCCUGCUCGGCACGGACACAGUCACUCGGACUUCCACCGCGGGUUUGAGGCAGACAUCUCCCCCGAGGACCUCUUCAACAUGUUUUUUGGUGGUGGUUUUCCUUCUAGUAACGUUCACGUGUACAGCAACGGCAGGAUGCGAUACACCUACCAUCAGAGGCAGGACAGACGAGAACAUCAGGGUGAUGGUGGCCUUGGGUUGUUCGUCCAGCUGAUGCCUAUCCUCAUCCUCAUCAUUGUGUCUGCUCUCAGCCAGAUGAUGGUCUCCAGCCCACCCUACAGUUUGAGCCAGAGACCGUCUGUGGGUCACACACACAGGAGAAUGACAGAGCACUUGAAAGUCGUCUACUAUGUAUCCGAGAACUUUGCAGAUGAAUACACGGGCACGAACCUGAAAAACGUGGAAAGGAGCGUGGAGGACGACUAUAUAGCAAACCUUCGAAAUAACUGCUGGAAAGAGAAGCAGCAGAAGGAAGGCUUGUUGUACCGGGCACGCUACUUUGGAGACUCAGAUCUGUACCAGCGAGCACAGAAGAUGGGCACCCCCAGCUGUAGCAGACUGUCAGACGUUCAAGCCUCUCUGCACGGAUAGUCACCGCCUGCCCGCUCAGCAGGAGUCUAAACUCUUGAAAUGCCUGAAGACUUUUGGUGAAGUGCACUGAGCCCAGGUGACAGACUUGAUAUUUAAAAAGAAUCAAACCUUAUCUUAAAAAUGGAAUCAGAGAAUUAGCGACGCACAACUGCCCUCUUUCUUCUCUCUGCCCGUCUCUGCCGUUCGACCUGCGUCUCAGGCAGCGAUCAGGACAGGAAAUCAAGCUGCCCGUCUUCCUCCUUCCCUUCCGACACUGCUAGCGUGCCACAGUCUCGUUG